AUGGGCUCUCCGAUAAACAAUUCCAAAGGAGAUGAAGUCUGCACUACUAGCGAUACAAACAACGCGUUUUUUGACGUCUAUGGCCCCCAGGCAAAAGCAGGUGUUGAGUUUAAGACCCCAGAAGCGAAUUCAACUCUUAACUUGGAAGAUGUUCAGGGGCUUAUAACAUGGGUACUUGCUGAAGGAUUCAUGCCAUCAUGGGUUUUCAUUAAGAAUAAGCCUCUGAUUCCAAAAGUGGUUAUGCUUUAUGUCCCUGGUCUUGAUGCAGCAAUCUACCUCUCACAGUCUAAAAUACUACACAGCUUAAAAGAAUGUUGUGGCAUCCCAAGGGCAGUGUUAGCGCCCAGCUGUGUAUCAGAUGGAAUGCAGACUAUAGAUGCUCUUCUUACAUGUAAGGUUAAGAGAAAAAGAGAAGCAGAUACAUUUACAAAGAAAUCUAGACCUAUAUCUGAACAAGGAACAUGGCCUAUUCCUGAUGAUUUGGCAUUUUCUGAGCUCAUGAAAAGCAUCCCAUUUCCAAUUUCCUAUUAUACCCUUACCACAAAGGAAUUAGAAGAUAAUGGAUACAUCCAUGAUCAAUCAGAUUUUCUCUCAACUCUUCCUGCAACAUCUGGAAAACCCACCCAUGAAAUAGUGGGAGUUGAUUGUGAAAUGUGUAUCACAAAUGAGGGAUUUGAGCUUACAAGAGUAACACUGAUAGAUUUUAAAGGACAGGUUUUGUUGGAUAAAUUGGUUAAACCAACAAAUGCAAUAACUGAUUACAACACUAGGUAUAGUGGAAUAACUAGUGAGAUGUUGAAUGGAGUCACAACAACUCUAAAAGACAUUCAGGAAGAGUUUCUACAGAUAGUUAAUAGAGAAACGAUUUUAGUUGGACAUUCAUUGGAGAAUGAUUUAUUGGCUUUAAAAAUCUGUCAUAAUUUGGUGAUUGACACUGCUGUUUUAUACAAGCAUUCGCGAGGUGGGACCUACAAAAUUGCACUUCGUGUCCUCACAAGGAAAUUCCUUGAGAGAGAAAUACAAGGUUCAGGAAAUGGACAUGAUAGUAUUGAGGAUGCAAAAGCUGCAAUGGAUCUAGCCUUUUUAAAGAUUAAAAAUGGGCCUGAUUUUGGUCGACCUCCAUCAUUUACAAGGAAAAAAUUUCUUACAGUUUUGGGUGACUCUGGGAAGGCCUCAUCUUUUAUUGAUAAUAUAUCAAUAGUGAAAAGAUAUGCUUCAGAAUCAUCACAUUCCAUUCCUGUGACUUGUGAUGAUGAAGCUCUUUCGAAAGCCAUUAAAGAAGUAAAAAACGAGAAAGUACAUUUUGUGUGGGCCCAGUUUACAGAACUGAGUAGUUAUUACAAGAAACAAGCAGAUGAUGACGUGGCAUUGAAUACCAAAGUGGCUGAGAUGAUAGCUUUGCUUACUUGUAGUAAUAACAAGUCCAAGGCUAGAAAAAGCAUCAAGUACACAGUCACACCUGAUUUGAAGUCAUGGAGACUCUGCAAUUGUUCGAAGAUUGAGGAAAAUGCUUGCAGAGAAGGCGGACAUAAACAUGCCUCGGGAACAUCUUGUAAAGGUCUUGGAAGAGUUGCAGGCUCAGGCUGAAGUAGGUUUGUGUUUUGUUGGGGUCAAACAUUGAUUGUCAACCGGUCAACAUCCGGCCCUUUUGGUGUUUUAAUUUUGAGGGUGGGUGAGGUUGUGUUCUAUAGAAAAGCUUAAAUUAAAUUUGGAUAUUUAAAAAAAAGUGUAUAAUAGGCCUUGAAUUGUGAAGAAUGAUAACUAUAUCCAUGGUGACUUGUCAUUUCCAUGAAACAAAACUUGCUCUUCGGUUGUCAGUAUUUUUGCAGAAAAAGAAACAUGUGGGGGU